UGAACAGAGACAGACAGGAGCCGGUGAUCCGUGCUUCAAUUAUCAACUUCUAAAGCAGAGUUUGCGAAGAGUUUGUUACAGCAGUCAUGAGACGAAGUAAAGCAGAUGUGGAGCGCUACAUCUCUUCAGUCCAAAGCGCGUCUCCAUCACAGAAAACGAGGCCACUCAAGGGAUUUCUGUUUGCUAAGCUAUACUUUGAGGCUAAGGAGUAUGAGCUGGCUAAAAGACAUGUCUCAGAGUAUCUGACCGUCCAGCCCAAGGAUCCUAAAGCACACAAGUUCCUCGGGCAGCUGUUUGAGCGUGACGGAGAAACAGACAAAGCUGUGGGAUGUUACAAGAUGCCCAAAAGUCCUCAGACACUCAUUCGAGUGUGGCAGGCUCAAAGACAACCCUUUGAGCGCUCGGUGGAUCUGAAUCUAGCUCAGCACGAUCUGGUUCUGAAGGUGGCUGAGCUACUGUGCAGUAAACCCCAGCACGACAGUCGAGCCGAGUUCUGGGUGGAGAAAGCGGCCAGGCUUCUGCCAGGACACCCGGCCGUCUUCAAUCUGAGGGAGAAGCUUCUGAGUGCUCAGAGUGGCUCUAACCAGCUGUACGAGCUGCUGCAGGCGGAGCUGAAGCUGCGGCCCACCGACACCUAUAUCAACCAGAAGCUGGUGCAGCUCUACAGCGCAGAGGGCCGGCUCGAGGACGCCGUCAAACACUGCCUCGCCGUGGAGAAGACAGGCAUCCUGAGACACUGUCUGGAGUGGUACCAGCUGUUGGUCAGCACCCUGCAGGUACAGCAUUGCCCAUCACCCACCAUUUCUCACGUUUGUUGGUUUUAG